GGUUCCCACCGCUCCGCUCUACAGAAUAGAAAAAAAAUCGGGGCUUUUUUGGCAACGGGAGAGCAGGAACCGGAGCUUUAACAUAGAGGGUGAAAAAAGGAAGGAGGGAGGGAGAGAGAGAGAGAGAGAGAUGGAGGGAGAGAGGAAAGUUGUGGUUGCUGCUCUCCAGUUUGCUUGCUCCGACUUCGUCUCCGAUAAUGUCGACACUGCCGAAAGGUUGGUUAGAGCUGCGCAUAAGAAAGGUGCAGAUAUUAUUCUAAUUCAGGAGCUAUUUGAGGGGUAUUAUUUCUGUCAAGCUCAAAGAGAGGAUUUCUUUAAAUGUGCCAAGCCUUACAAAGGACACCCUACAAUUUUAAGGAUGCAGAAACUUGCCAAGGAGUUGGGUGUUGUAAUACCUGUGAGUUUCUUCGAAGAAGCAAAUAAUGCUCAUUAUAAUUCCAUAGCCAUCAUUGAUGCUGAUGGAAGUGAUCUCGGACUUUAUAGGAAAUCACACAUUCCAGAUGGACCAGGAUAUCAAGAGAAGUUCUAUUUCAAUCCCGGUGACACUGGUUUCAAGGUUUUUGCUACCAAGUUUGCUAAAAUUGGAGUAGCAAUUUGUUGGGAUCAGUGGUUUCCUGAGGCUGCAAGGGCUAUGGUCCUUCAAGGUGCAGAAAUUUUGUUUUAUCCAACUGCUAUAGGAUCAGAACCACAGGAUGAAGGGCUUGACUCCAGGGAACACUGGAAAAGAGUAAUGCAAGGCCAUGCUGGGGCUAACUUGGUUCCUCUUGUAGCUUCAAAUCGAAUUGGAAAGGAGACAAUCAAGACAGAACACGGGGACAGUGUAAUUACAUUUUAUGGGAAUUCCUUUAUAGCAGGUCCAAAAGGAGAAAUUGUUGCUCUCGCCAACGAUAAAGAUGAAGAUAUCUUGACUGCUGAGUUCAGCCUGGAUGAGCUCAAAUCUCAGAGACUCAGUUGGGGCGUGUUUCGUGAUCGACGUCCAGACCUGUACAAGGUUCUUUUGACUUUGGAUGGCGGCAAUCUUCCAUCAUAAGCCUCAAUUAUUUUCAUAGUUUUCAUGUGGUUGCCUCUUGUUGAAGUUUAUUACGUGUAGAAAUAAUAAGUUGCCUCUGCUUUGAUACAACCUGCAGAGAUAUGAAUGGUUAUCUUUUACCGAUACAUUCUUAAAUUUUUUUUAAUAAUAAUAUAUUUAUUUU